UGCUCACCAGCACCAGAUUCAAUUAUUGCCCACAAGCAAACAAACAGCCAAAUCGCAGCAGGACGAGCAGGAGAGAGGGAGAACAUCACGUCUGAACUCAAGCAGAAGGACUACUUUACUUUUUUUUUUUUUUUUUUGGAAGAUGGGAGUCUUGACAUAUAUUUUAUUGCUGGCAUGCAUCUAUUUUGUCUCUCAAGCGGAUGGACGCAAAACAUAUGCUGACAUGUUCCCCCACAAGCACAUCCCCCCAGGAAAGUCUCCUUUUCCCAUUCCAAGCAUCCCCGGCUGGAAUCCCGACAGCGCCCCGUGGGACGACUACCUCUACCCGCCCAUGAAACCCAAACCCAAGGAGCUCAUGAGAAGACGAGGAGGUAAACCCACAGUGCGUCUCACCAGCGACAGCCCCGCACUCAACGGUUCCGUCAUCACAUUCACGGCCAAGCUGGAGUAUCCCCCGUGCCAGAAGGAGGACGACAGCGGGGAGCUGGUGUGGGACGAGCACUGUGACGACGGUACGGAGCUGGAGGCCUCAGCCAAUGGACAAAUACGCUCAGGCUACGUCUUCCACUGGACGUCCUGGAUUGACGAUUACGGCUUUGGCAAAUGCCCGGACGCGACCAAAUGCAACGUGUUCCCUGACGGGAAGCCCUUCCCUCAGAGUAACGACUGGAGGCGCAAAAACUACGUCUACGUCUGGCACACGAUGGGGCAAUAUUUUGAGUCAUGUGACGGCCACUCUUCCAGUCUGUCCCUCAACACCUCCAGUAUCCCUUUCGGAGCAGAGGUCAUGGAGGUCAUGGUGUAUCGUAAACGUGAGCGCAGGAAGUACAGUCCCUUGAGUAGUGACAACACCAUUUUCUUCGUCACAGAUUUGAUUCCAGUGGCAGUGGACAUCUUCCAGAAGUCUGCUGUCAACCAGUCAGCCGAUAACGUGUUCUUCCGAGGCGAGGAUGUAGUCUUCCGAGUGCAUCUCCACGACCCCAGCGGUUACUUAAAGACGGCGGCGGCCGUCGACUAUAUGUGGGACUUUAGGGACGGCAACCAGGUGGUGACCCAUCGCGACGUGACCACGCACGCCUACAGCACGGUCGGCAACAUGAGCGUCAAGUUGGUGGUGGAGGCGGCGUUUCCGGCAGAGUGUCCGCCUGCUCCCGCCACGUCCAUGCCGACAACAUCCACACCACCCCCAACUGAGCGCCCCACGUCUCCACCACCCAUAAUGACGACCCCCCGAGCGAUACCCACCUCAUCUCCUGUCACCAUGACAACGGGCUUACCCACCACAGAAACCUUCCCGUUCAUCGGUUCCAGCGUGACCCCAGAGUCGACCCCCUUUGCUUCGCUUCGUGCCAAACGUGUGCUCGAGGACAAGGAGUGUUUCCGCUAUGUGCACGGAAUCUUUGUGGGUAACAUCAGUAUCAUCGAGCCCAAGCAUCCACUCAAGAGCAAGGCCAACAGUCGCAUUGUUGACGUGUUGGCUGCCAGAGUCACCAAGACUGACAUCAGCUUCCUGGUAAAAUGCCUCGGCAGCGUCCCCAAGUCAGCCUGCACCAUCGUUUCGGACCCUACGUGCACUUGGGUGGACAGCAUCAUGUGCAAUGACGUUCCUCCUUCUGCAAAGUGCGAGGUGAACCUUCGGAGAACAUUUCCGCAGCCGGGGACCUACUGCGUCAACAUUACGCUGGAGGACUCUCGUAGCCUGACCCUGACCAGCACCACCGUCACCAUCAACAAGUUGCAAGGGACUGAUUCCAAGAACCCUCAUACUACUGAGGUGGUCCUCACUGCAAGUGCUCUAUUGGUAGCCUUCUUUGCAUUGAUUGCAUGUGUAGUUUACAGACGCUACAAGGUGUACCGACCCAUCCGUAGGUCGCUGUUGGAGGAUGCCGACAGACGCACUGGGGUUGCAGGACGCGUGAUGCACUUGAAGGGGACGCUGUUUCCCUCAAACGAGGAGCGUCAUCACCUGCUGACCGAGAGACAUCCCCUCUAGGUGCCCUUCUGUCAUAGCAGUUAAUGGUAAAUCCAUUGCAUAUCAAAGACGCCAUUAAACUCUAAAGAUGACAUUAACGAUCAUAAAGUGUGUGUGUUGAGCUGUUGGCUGAUGUCAGAGAGGAAAUCACUGUACGUAAUCAUUUUGCAAGGAAUACAUUAUGCAAUAUGGCGUUUCAAGAGAUUCUAACAUUAAGUGUAAAGCAGUCAAGCUUGAACUAAUAAUUCGACAUUAACAAGAAUGUGAUGACUAAUAAAAGCUGCCAAGUAACAAAUCUC